AUGGCUCCCGUCAGUCUCUUCCGCCUUCCGCGCGAGGUACGCGACAUCGUCUAUCGAUACUACGUCACCGUCAGCGGCGGCCUCGUCUGCGACACCGAAGCUUUCGUCAACGGCAAACUCCGAGGGAAACACGAACCGCUCAGCUUCUCUCUCGUGUACACCUGCAAACAGAUCUCGGCCGAGAUGGAUCGCGGCGGCAUCGCUCUGCGCUACAACGUGCUAACCUUUUCGACGAUUUGGGACAGAGAUCUGGGCCACCUGGCAUGGGCCUUCGACGGGUUGGUCAACGGCGUGGAUGAGCUACGAUGCGAAAUCUUCCACCUCGUCGGCCACAGCAUUACAGACACGAUAUAUGACGAAAUGGCUGCUGAAUAUCCCCAGUUUCUGCCUCUAUUGGACCGCAUGAGGGAGGAAGGGCCGCGCUUCCCGGGAGAAGAGCCAUUAUCAACCGAGCGACACGGGCCAUACGGGGAGGCUCCCUCCGUAUAUCGCGAAUUCAUCAAGGACCUCCUACGGAAAGCGGUCAAGCAUGACGAUGCGUUCAGACAGGCAGUCGUGAACUGCCGCCUUCUUGAUCAUCGAGUCAACAAGCAUCGCUACGAAGUAGACCAAGGAUGGAGCACUUUCGACGCCAUACGCAGCUCAACCGAGCUUUGGGCCAUUCCAUCAGAGCGUCAAAUGAGCGAACUCAACUUCAUACUGGGAUGGGCCUGGCAACGCCACUUUACGAAGGCUUCGGCUCGGGAGACGUCGAAGUUCCGUUUCUCGGCCGCUGCGGCCGCUGUUCAUUUCCUCGAGAAUACUCCACACGAGCUGCGCAAACACCUGCGCGAAAUCGUUCUUGACGAAGACCGCGAGGCAGUGGCUCACCCGGAAUGCCAUGCUAGAGGCCUUAUUCCGUUUUGUGAACAGUAUCCCUUGCGAAUCGAGCGCCGCGCCAAUCUGUGGAGGAAUGUUUUUCAGAAAGAUUUCAACUACGACAGUCCCUCAGCUCGGGUUAACCCCAUGUUUGACGUGACUAUCACCCCGCUCUUCCUGAGUUCCGACCAGAUCACCGCAAACGUGUCCAGCUGGAUCGCAGAAGCCCUGGCGCUUUCUUCGGCUGGCAUGCCUCCUGCAGCAUUUUCCCUCGUCCUGGAUGGAAACCCGGCGCCGGAUCUUUGUUCUCGAAUAUUCCAAGCCGUUGUUCAGCGUGAUGUGGGCUGGCAAUUGGCUUGGCAGAAGAGCCUUGAUCGCAGACUGUUGCCGUACAUGACCUGGUAUGAAAGGAGGGGAGAAGGGGUGCCCCGACAUGGCUACGUCACGUUGACUGCUCUUUCACAGUUCCAAAAUCGUGUUCUUCCAGCGGACUAUGGGGGAUAUUGGGGAUACUUCUUCGAGGGGUUUCCUGAUGCCAUGGAAGACAUACGAAAGGGCGAUUCCGUCGUGCGUUGCAAUUUUGAUAUUGGCCAGCCUUUUGACGUAGACCAAAUCGUCUCCGAGCAUCGAACGUGGAGUUCUUUCAAAUGGAUCACGGAAUGGUUUAAUCACGAGCCAUGGUUUUGGGAGACUGAAGCCCCGUUGCCAGAGUGGCGGGGUUUGGUGGAAGAAAAUAUGUUCGAUGUUGCAGAGGAGGAGGGCAUGCAUAGACGUCGUCGGUAUUGGCAUUAG